GCAUAAUAAACUCCACAUUCACAAAUCAAUUAUCAACCAUAGUUCAGUAAAAUCACAAGCAAUAAAUGCAUUUUAGAGUUCAUAAUCUACCCAAAAUCAUGAGCAGUAGCAAUGAUUUAUAGUACCCAGUCUAGCAAACCACAGGCAGAGGCAGUGAUUUGCAAUCACCAAAACUAACAAUUUGGGGUCUGUUAAUUAAAUUUCCAAUUCAGAAAACCUUUCUUUUCUAACUUCAAGAGCAUCUAGAGCUAGAUCCGAAACCACGGAUCAAAUCCACCCACAUCAAAAAUUCCAGAACACACACAACCAUUGUUUUUUAGUAUUCAGGUUCACAAAUCAUUUAUUCUAUAGCUAUAUGGCCGAGUUUUUUUAGUUUUUUUCUAGCUCAAAACUUCUCAAGAGCAGUAGGAGACCUCACCUAUGCCACUCUACUCUCAAAUCUACAAUAAAUCAGGGUAAUUAGUCAGGAUCGAUAAUCAGAAUCCUUCAAAGACAAAAAAAAAACUCAAAAAAAAAAAAAAAAAUACACAGAUCACCUCUAAGCCUCUGGCGGUCUCUUUUUCCGCAACCACCGGCCAAAAUACCCUCGUCGCCAGCGACUUCUCGUACUCCCGCAACAGAUCCGAAGCCCAAAUAGAAAAUGCCCUGAAAUAAAACCCCGAAAAAUAUUAGAAGACCAUCUGAUGACUUGAUAUAUACACAUGUUUUUAUCCACCAUUCCUGUACCGUUUGAGUCUCAUCUCUCGUGUUUUAGGCCGAUUUCACGCUAGGUUGUUCUUGUUUGUGAUAUUUCAGGUCCUAGUACGUGAAAGAAGGUUUGGGCACGAGUUCGGGGUCGAUUGGAGGAAGUUGGGGCGUUUGACGAAAAGCUGGAAAAGCCACACGGGCACGCCUAAAAACCCACACGGCCGUGUGACCUGGACGUGUGGAAAAAAAUUGCACGGGCAAGCCACACUGGCCAUGCAGGGGACCCCUUAUGGCCGUGUGGAAAGUCCAGGGAGCUCACACGGGCACGCCUAAAAUCCACACGGUCGUGUGGUUUUGGCCGUGUAGCGUACCUGAAGCCACUUAAUUGAAACGCGGCGUUUUGCACACUCACACAGGCACGCGUAAAAAUCCACACGGCCGUGUGGUCGGGAAUUUCUUGGUUUUAACCCAAAUUCGAGCCAAAGGAGAGGGAAUCGACUUUUGGGAGCAAAAACAGAGUCUUAGAGAGAGAAAGUGCAAAGAACACCCCCUAAGAGUGGUUUUGGAGCUGGGUUUCAUCAAUCAAGCUUGGAAAUCAUCCUUGGAGUGAAGAUCAUCAUCCCAGAGCAGAUUCUUCCCAUCUUGAUGAGUAUGAAUGCUUUGUCUGCUAUUUCUCUCUCUCUCUCUCUCUAUGGAGUAGAACUCUCUCUCACUUGGGUAUGAAGAACCCUAGUUCCAUGUGUUAGGAAUCAUUGUCGUAACGACUUUUGGAUUGUGAUAUUGCUUGAUUAUAUUCGAUUGAAGUGUUUUGAUUGAGUCAAUUGAACUCUGAUAAUCUUUUAUUGAUUUCUGCUGCAACCUGAGAUAGAUAGAAUCUGAUUAGGUUGUUAGGGCUUCUUCAACCGGUAGUAGUGAUCGAUUAUACGAGAGUUAGUCGAUUCAUUGCUUUGUACUGGAAUCUAAUUCCUGUAGUGGAGUUCUGUGUUCAUUGCCUCAUCGUUCUAUCCCGGUGAAGACUAGUCGUCUGCCGGGUAGUUUGAUUGAGAGGGCUUGGUCAGCUUAAGAGAUUCCAAGCUACUGGCGGAUCUUUCGUAGUAUAAUCAGCAGUAAAACAACCAAAAGUAAUUACAACUGUGACCUAACUAAGGAGCUAGGGGGACUCAUUCCCGAGUGACUCUUCCUUUGCUUUAGAAAACCGAAUCUUUUCCUGCUUUCUUACUGUUUUAGUUAAAACCACAAUCAAUCGACUUAGUUGGCUAGAUAAUAGAUAUUCACGGAGUAGAUCUAGACCCCGGGUUGAUAAUUAGAACUUGCCACUUUACUGCAUUUCCGGACUACGAUUACACUUGGUCGUAGUUUGGUGUUGUGUUUUAGUGUGUCAAGUUUUUGGCGCCGUUGCCGGGGAACUCUAGUUUAUUGUAGAAACGUGAAAGUUUGUUACUUUAGCAUUUACUUUUAUGCAUCCUCUCUUUUCCACCCUUGCUUUUCACUUGGGUAUUUUGUUUUUGUUGGUGCAGAUCUGAUAAAUGGAUUCUCAAGGCUUCUCAACAAUUGGGGGUAUCCACCACCACCCGAGUGGUAUUACCCCGAGACUUCAUGGAGCACCCAAGGAGGAGAAGACUUUGGAAUCGGGUUUCAAUACCAAACCCCCUACUACGAAGAACAAUCAGAUCCUUGGGUAUUUCAAGAACAAUCUCAUUAUCAAGAAGAAUUCCUCCCACAACUAGAAGGGCCAUCAGAUCUUGAUUUUCCACAGCCUUCACGGGCCAUGUGGUAGAGCCAUGCUACACUCCACAGCCAGAUCCAAACUAUCACUUGAGGCUUCUCGUGGAGCAGAUUUUCUUGAGUACCUGAGAGAUCAUUUCCCGAGAUGGAUCCUCAUAUCCAGGCCAUGGCCCAAACUGACUUCUCCUUUCCACGUGAAACAGAGGAUACCCUUUGGAGCAUAAAGAAGCACAUAGAGGUCAUUGAGAAAACUUGUGCACAGUUUUCUCAAGACAGCCUUUAUGCUGCCAUACAAGUAGAUGAGGAGGAAGAAGAAGGAAAUCAUGAGGAUGUUGAGGAGCAUACAGAAGUUGUCUCGGAAAGCCCCCAUGAUAAUCAUGAUCAAGUGUAUCCUCAGGUGGUAGAUCACAACUGUCCCCAUUUCCGCUCUGAUAUGCUGGGCUCGAGCGAGGAGAUGCAAGAUGAUCUCAUUGAAGAAAUUACAUGGCGACUUGCUCUCCAAUCUGUGCUAGAAGAAGAAGAGCGAGAAAGGGUGAGAGAAGAAGUUGUGGAGGACGAGGAAGAGAGCAAAGAAGAGGAAGUUCUUGAUUUUUUCCAAGGGGAGAAACCACAUUUUGAUGAAGGAAGGGGGGUUAAAGAAGAAAGUGGUGUCCAGGUUGAGGAUGAAGUUGAGGUGGAAGAGGCAUGCACCGGCCAUGAGUUACAUGUGAUAUCUCCACCAAACUUCGAGGAGCUGCUUGGCAAGGACCCACUAGCAGUGUCUCUCUGCCAGACCAAGACCACAUCAACAUCGAUCCCUCUUGGUGGAUGCGAUGGUGGUCAAUCGAAUAUAUCUUAUCUGGUUUGGGGCAAUGAGACAAGAGCAGACACGAAGGAGAGGUCUCGAGAGUGGAGACUUCAUCUUCCUCAAGGCCACAAGCCAUCUUCAUCACCUAGCACAUCACAUGCUCGUGACUUGAGACUCCACAUCAUCGACGAGAACCUCAACUUCAAGGAGGUUCUGGGGUGGACCGAAACUUAGGAGCCACCGUCUAGCUAAAGACGUAAAAGAAGCGCUUGUGGGGAGGCGACCCCACCAAGGUUUGUUUUUCGGUUUGUCCACUUGGAACUAUGGUUUCUAUCACCCAAUGUGUUUUGAUGACUCUAGACCUAUUGACUGGUCCCAUUUCCAGUCCCCCGGCAGUCCAUAUUCCAGAUAACAUCAUUCCCCCUUAUAUUUCCCUUGCUCCAUUGAGGGCAAUGUCGUGCUUAAGUGUGUGUGUAGGGGGGGGGGGGGUUAUCUAUUUUUGACUGCUAGAUGAGUUUGUAUGUUUGGAGCCUAGUCCACUGUCCAAUUUGAUGAAUUGAGGGUUCCAAGUAUUGUUCUCUUCAAAAUCCUGCUCAGUAUGCUUUGAAUUGACAGUCUCUAUGGUGAUAUGCAACCUAGGGAGGUAGUUGUAGCACUAUGGAGAAUGUUGAAGUAUAAGAUUUUUCCUAUCGGUCUCUCUGCUGUGCCGGUUGAUUUUGUGAACUAGUGGAUUUAAGACCGUUGAUUCAUGUGGUAUUGAUGACUCCUCUUAUGUUGUGUUGUGGGCUCGUGUAUCGAAAAAGGAAGCUCAAGUGUGAAAUGAAAAAGCAGUUGGUCCUCCAUGUCAAAAUUUUGAAAUUCUAAGACCUGGGGUAAGCCCAACGUGUGUGGCACCGUUCAUUGCACAAAAUCGAAUUUUGGAAGAGAUUUUAGUGAUCCUUGGUGGGGUAGGCCUACAAGGUGAAGCUAAUUUGUCUCUAGUACAAGUAAAAUUUCCACCCAAUGAACAGUUGGCCUACUUGAGGAUGUGUUUUUAAGGGCACAGAUAGAGCUUCCGACCCCCCUUAAUUUCAUUGACACUCCACACGAAGUGAGGAGUAGGAGUUAAAAGAAGUAUUCUGGCGAGUGACAUAUGUACAGAAAUUGCUCUUGCUCACCUAAUAAGGGCAGAACGCGCAUACAAACUGUAGUUGGAACCCCAGCAAAGAAAAAAAAACAAAUAGUAAGAAGAAGGGGUUCCAACAAGUGAAAUGAAAUGAAAGAGCACCGAUACAAUGAGUCCUUCGUUGUUGAAUUGAGUGAGUCUCCUUAUCCAUGAAUUGACUGUCUUAGUUCCACUGCUUCUCAUGAUACUGGCUUGAGUCUAGUACUCGCAUUGAGAGAGAUAGGAGGCGUCUUAGAAGACCAGUUGACCUCGUAAGUUGCUAAAUGAUCUAGAAAAUCCUCUGCCGACGAUUGGGGUUGCAUGUUGCUAUAGAGGUCUGGAGAGUUGUAUUGGUUUGAGUCAGGUUUGCUUGGAGACAAGCAAACGAUUAAGUGUGGGGGAAUUUGAUGACUUGAUAUAUACACAUGUUUUUAUCCACCAUUCCUGUACCGUUUGAGUCUCAUCUCUCGUGUUUUAGGCUGAUUUCACGCUAGGUUGUUCUUGUUUGUGAUAUUUCAGGUCCUAGUACGUGGAAGAAGGUUUGGGCACGAGUUCGGGGUCGAUUGACUAAGUUGGGGCGUUUGACGAAAAGCUGGAAAAGCCACACGGGCACGCCUAAAAACCCACACGGCCGUGUGACUUGGCCGUGUGGCACCAAAUUGCACGGGCAAGCCACACUGGCCGUGCAGGGGACCCCUUGUGGACGUGUGGAAAGUCUAGGGAGCUCACACGGGCACGCCUAAAAUCCACAUGGCCGUGUGGUUUUGGCCGUGUAGCGUACCUGAAGCCACUUAAUUGAAAUGCAGCGUUUUUCACACUCACACGGGCACGCCUAAAAAUCCGCACGGCCGUGUGGUCGGAAAUUUCUGGGUUUUAACCCAAAUUCGAGCCAAAGGAGAGGGAAUGGACUUUUGGGAGCAAAAACAGAGCCCUAGAGAGAGAAAGUGCAAAGAACACCCCAUAAGAGUGGUUUUGGAGCUGGGUUUCAUCAAUCAAGCUUGGAAAUCAUCCUUGGAGUGAAGAUUAUCAUCCCAGAGCAAAUUCUUCCCAUCUUGAUGAGUAUGACUGCUUUGUCUGCUGUUUUUCUCUCUAUCUCUAUGGAGUAGAACUUUCUCUCACUUGGGUAUGAAGAACCCUAGUUUAAUGUGUUAGGAAUCAUUGUUGUAAUGACUUUUGGAUUGUGAUAUUUCUUGAUUAUAAUCGAUUGAAGUGUUUUGAUUGAGUCAAUUGAAGUCUGAUCAUCUUUUAUUGAUUUAUGCUGCAACCUGAGAUAUAUAGAAUCUGAUUAGGUUGUAGUCGAUUCACUACUUUGUACGGGAAUCUAAUUCCAGAAGCGGAGUCUGUGUUCAUUGCCUCAGCGUUCUAUCCCGGUGAAGACUAGUCGUCUGCCGGGUAGUUUGAAUGAGAAGGCUUGGUUAGAUUAAGAGAUUCCAAGCUACUGGCGGAUCUUCCGCAGUAUAAUCAGCAGUAAAACAACCAAUAGUAAUUACAACUGUGACCUAACUAAGGAGAUAGGGGGCCUCAUUCCCGAGUGACUCUUCCUUUGCUUUAGAAAACCAAAUCUUUUCUUGCUUUCUUACUGCUUUUAGUUAAAACUACAAUCAAUCGACUUAGUUGCUAGAUAAUAGAUAUUCAUGGAGUAGGCAGUAGAUCUAGACCCCGGGUUGAUAAUUAGAACUUGCCACUUUACUGCAUUUCCGGACUGCGAUUACACUUGGUCGCAGUUUAGUGUUGUGUUUUAGCGUGUCACCAUAUCUUCAAGAAAAAACGAAAAAACAACAUAAAGAUGAAUCUUACCUAAAUCGAAGCCUCCCUAAUUGAUUAGAAGUUCUUUGGUCAGGUUUUUGUGGUCAACGACGGCAUCUCUGCCUUUUGCUGCUAUCGGCGGCGCCGGCGUGGACCACUGCCUGUCUUCUCCUCCCCUCGCACAAAUCAAAACCCAGAAAGAAGAUAUCAAAAUCCGAAUCUAAAAUCCAAAAAAAAUCAAACGAAAACACACAUGCAGGCCGGAUUUUACCCAUAUCGUAGCCUUCCCGGUCAGAUUAGCUUGAUCCGAGCCGUUUCCUUGGCUAGCCGAGAAAGGAGAGCAAGUGAAGGAUUUUGGUGUUUGGCAAAGGGUUAUGGUUUUGGGUUUUCCUUUUGUUCUUUGCGAAAGGACAAGAAUGAGAAGAAGAUGGAGACGGUUUGUAGUUUUGCUUCUCUGGAAGAGAAGAAGAGAGGCGAGAGUGAGAGGAGAGAGGGGAGAAGAGAGGUGGCGGGGAUUGUGGGAUGAGAAAUCAAAGGGUUUCUGUUUUGGGGAAGCAAAAACGAGUGAGAGGGGCGAGAGAGUAGGCUAGCGGCGGUCAAAUUAGAGAAGAUUAGGGUUUCAUUUCUCGUUUAAGACAUUUAUAUAUGUUUCCAAAUGUCCAAAUUGCUCCUAGGGUUUCACUGAUAUUACACACCCAUGCCACCGCGUUUUUGGUCAUUUACCAAAAUGCCCUUCCCCCAUCUCUGCAUUAAAAAACAAAAACACCAAACUCAGUGUCUUCCGAGAUUCGAACUUGGGUCUUCGAGCAUAUGUGUCUGACGCCUUAACCGGUUGGACUGCUGGGCCCUCAUGCAAAAGUGUAGUCAUCUCAUUCAUAUUUAUUUGUUUUAAAAUUCUUAAUACGAAAUGUUGAAUGCGGAUUAAGUUUAUCUCGUUUCUUUUCCAAUGCGUCAAAAUAUUUCCUAGUAACUUAAACUCUUAUAUACUAUUUUUAUAAUUUCAUAAUAAUCAAUUUAAAUUUUAUUAACGAAAAUUAUAAUAUGAGAAUUACGUUCAGUGGGACGUGGUAAAAUUUAUAAUUAAAACGAUCAAAGUUCCUAACGAACUACGUGGACUUUGAUCCCAUGUUAUGGGUAGGUAGGCAGCCGAAAGGUUCGAGUCCAACUAACUAAUCAAUUUUAUCUUCAAUUUUUACGUCAGUGGGCGUAUAAUUUAAUUACAACUAAUACGAUUUAAAUUCUUUAGUGGUCCAGUAAGGCCCUAAAAAUACCUAAAAUACCUAGUAAUAAACUAAUACGUCAAUG